UAGAAUUUUAAGGAUCCCGAGUUGGACAUUUGUAGCCAGCACUGGCGUUCGGCCCCGGGCCCUGGAGCAGCUCCGACCGGAAACGGCCGCGCUCCUAACCGCAGCACGCAAGCCCCCGCCGAAAACCGCCCGGGUCCCCGAGCCCUGGUGGGCUGCCAGCACCCGAGCACAGGCUCCAGAGGGGAUGCAGGGCACCACGGGCCAGGCGGCCUAUCUUCUGCUCCCGGCAAACCGGGAGAAACAGGCGUCCAAUACAGAACCGCUCGGCGCCUGCCUGAACACCGACUGCCGGGGAGCAAGCAACGCGGCUCUGCCCCAGGGAAACCGCGCCUCGCCGGCCGCCUGGAGUGCUCGGAGAGUGUCAUUCAGCAGGUGGAUCGGGGCGGCCCGCUUGCCAACGGCCGUCUCCCGCUUCCUUCCGCCAAGCCUCCGACAAGGUCCCCCACCCGGGGCUCGUCACUAUGCCAGGCAGUCCGGGGAGUGGCGGGAACGUCCACUUGCGGAUCGGAAGCUGGGAGGGAGCGGAAACGGGCCCUUAUCAGGACAGAGAGAAGCAAGCGGCGGGGUGCGCCAGGGGCCCGUGCCGGACCCCGUGCUCUCUAACAGAGGCGAACGGGACCUGGGAAAGGGGGCGAGUAGCGAGCUGGCCAGAAGUGCCGGCCACAGAAAAAUGCGCCCCGGGGUCACGGCCAAGGCGGACCGGGGCCACCUGCGCAAGGAUCUGGCAACCGAAAGGACCACGGCGCCCCCUCCUGCAUCCACGCUGCGUCCACGCCUGGCAAGCUGGGCCCCGCUCCGGCCCCCACACCUCCCGCGGCACACACGGAGCGGGCACAGAGAAGGGCAGCCGGGCGGAGGAGCGGCACGGAGGGUCCCCCGCGGGAGGAGAGGCUCCCGAGGCCAGGCCUUUUCCCUCCAGAAAAGAGACGCCGGAGGCAGGACGUGCUGA